ACACACCUCAGAAGAGCAGAAACACGAGAGAGAGUGAAUUCAUAGAGCUCCGGUUUUCGCACAAAACCGAAGAGUAAUAAAAUUAGAAUGGUUGUUUUUAUCCUUGAGGCGACCGACUGAUAGUAUGAUGUGCGCAUUACGAGGCAGUGCUGCGAACGUCUUAAAGAAAGUGACCUAGUCCGCGACUCAGCCAGAUUCGAUAACACUAAUUUUUCCUGUUCGGUUUCUAACAGCAAUACAAACAAUGUUUACCUGCAAACCAGGUCGCAGGGGGUUCUGCAGCCUAUCCAGGUGGAAUUCCUCUAUUGGUUCCUUUUCUUACAUGUUACAAUUCAAAAUUAAUAUAAAACGGAACACUUAACGGGAAAAUGUUAACGGUGCUGUUAGUGGGCCCUAUUAAAUAUGUAUCUUUCCUUUUCUCCACUCCUCGCUUUUCUCAACUCGUGUAAACCAGUAAGAAGAAAUUAUCUUUGGGGUCGUUUGGAUGGAUCAUUUACAAAAUGAGACAAUUUGGUGUAAAUGUCUCAUUUUACAAAAUGAGACAAUUGCAUGAUACAUUUGUCACAAAUUGCCUUGUUUGGGUUGUUAUUUGAGAUGAGGCAAUUGGGAAGAGACAUUUACUAAAAUUACAAUUUUUUCCUUGUUUUCUUAUCCUCCUCCCUAUUCCUUCUUUAGCACAAGCCCAGGUAAAAUACUUCCCAGAUCAUACGUUGAGAAACAGAGCAAUGGAAAAAAAAACCCCAAAUCCAAGUAGAAAGAUCCCCAGCCAAGCAAUAAGAUUUUCCCCAAAUCAAAUCUUGACUAAAUUAAAUCUUGAAUGAAUCAAAACCAUUACUUCAAGAAAAAACAAUUAAUCAAACCAUCAGAAAACAAUCUCACACCCUCACCUUAACCACAAAACAUGCAGUUAGUUUCCCCAAGAAAACAAAGCCUUCACCUUAUCUUCUGCAAAUUUUGAUCCCCCUGCUCCGGCGAACUUCUAUUUUACAGGGUUUGUGCUCUCCCAAAAAAACCCAAAAAACAAAUCGAAAAUUUUAACAAGGAAUCAUUAACCAAAAACAAAACAAAAUCGAGACCAGAAAAAGGGGGUUUAUGCUUGGUGAUGUUGAGUGCAAUCCUCAUGUUGCCUUGAGCUGAAGCAACGGUGAAGAGUCUGGGCAUGAGGGAUGUCGUCGCCUGUUGGGCAGAAGCAUACAAUGGCGGUUCGAGUGCGAUGGUAGAUUUUUCUUCUAUAACCCCACAUGCAACAGUCCAAAAACAUAUCUAUCAACAAACCCAAUAUCCCUCCCCUUCUAUUGUCGCCGCUUUGAGAACUUAUCGAUUAUGCUCAUCGGCGGAAACUAUUCCCUAUCAACAACGAUGAGGUGGGCUUCUUCUAUUUUGGCUAAGAGAGAGGGCAAGAUAAAGAAGAAAACCAGAUCGGGAAGAAAGAUGGGGAAAAGAGAUCGGAAAAUGGGAAAGAAAAGUAAGAGAGAGAGAACGACAAAAGGGGAUAGAUUGGGCAAAUAUAUGGGCAAAAUGAGACAAUUCACAAUUCCUCCCCCCUACCCAGGUAAUUAGAAUUCACCCCUAAUGAGUCAAUUUCAAUUGCCCCUUGUACAAUUGCUUCGUUCAAAUAUUUUGUGGCCAAAUGAAGCAAUUUGGUCCAAUUGACUCAAAAUGAGUCAAUUGGGUCACAUUGCUCUAUCAGAAUGUUCCAUCCAAACGAACCCUUUGUUCUGUUGUUCAACAAAUGAGUAACUUGCAUCCUCCUUCACAGAGUUUAAUUGAUUGCUAACUUAUUAUAUGACUAUGAUUUAGCGAACUUAAACAUUUUUUACAAAAUAAUAAACAUGUAAUCAAACACAGUGAACAACAAAUGUAAUUUAUCUCUCACAUAAAGAAUUAAUCAAUGGAAAAAAUACAUCACAAGAAUAACUUGCAUCCUCCUCCAUAAAGAAUUAAAAACUCAUAUAUUAUGUUGGAUGAAAUCUGAAAGGAAAUGACCCUUUCAAUCGCUAAUAAUUGUUAUGAGAUCUUUUUUUAUAGAUUAAAUGAAUAUUGUGGCUUGGAUUAUAGAAUUAGGGAUUGGAGUUCACCCAUUAGAGGUUAGGGUAUAGUAUUAUGUCCCAAACUCCGGUUAAUUCGUGCUCUAAAUAGUAAAACUCGAUAGGCGUACAAUAUACGUCUGACAUACGCUAACCUGCCGUAGAACUCUCCAUAUAUAUGGAGAGUUCUAUAGUACCCAGGGUGAAAUCCGGGGUACCGCAUACCUUAAGUAACAAAACACUAUCUAGACCUUGAAUUGACUGAUCUUUUGGACAUAAUACUAUACUCUAACCCUUAAGAUCAAAAUCUAGGUCUUAAUUCUCUAAAUCUUAUACCACAAGAUCAAUUUAAUUAGAAACAAUAAUCGAUGGUUAUGAUUCGUCCAAAUAUAGGCAAAAAAUCAAUGCACCAUCUUAGGGUUUAUUGUUUAUGAUUUAGAUAAUUAGGACCUAAGAUUCACUCAUUAAGGGUUAGGGUAUAGUAUCAUCCCCAAAAAUCCUGCUAAUUCGAGGUAUAGAUAGCGUUUUCAUACUCAAGGUAUACGAUACCCCGUAUUUCACCCGGAAUACCGUAUAUAUAUAUAUAUAUAUAUGGGGAGUUCUACGGCACCCAGAGUGAAAUUUGUGGUACCACAUACCUUGAGUAAGAAAACGCUAUCCAGAACUUGAAUUGACUGAUCUUUCGAACAUGAUACUAUACUCUAACCCUUAAAGAUCAAAUCUAGGUCUUAAUUCUCUAAAUCUUAUACCCAAAGAUCAAUUUAAUGAGAAAAAAAUAAUCGACGGUUAUGAUUCGUCCAAAUAUAGGCAAAAAAAUCAAUACACCAUCUUAGGGUUAAUAGUUUAUGAUUUAGAUAAUUAGGACCUAGAGUUCACUCAUUAAGGGUUAGGGUAUAAUAUCAUGCACAAAAAUCCUGCAAAUUCAAGGUCUAAAUAGCGUUUUCAUACUCAAAGUAUGUGGUACCCCGGAUUUCACCUGGAGUACCGUAGAAGGCACCAUAUGUAUGUAUGUAUGUAUGUAUGUAUGUAUGUAUAUGUAUGGGAAGUUAUAGGGUGCCCAGGGCAAAAUCCGGAGUAUAGAAGACCGGGGGCAAGGAAAAUUACAAAAAGCAUCACGAAGCAUUAAAGCUUUUUUCAUUGGACUUCAACCUAACUGUACCCGGUUCAAUAAUGCGGUACUAUUGAUGCUCAUCUCAGUGAUAGUACUGAGUGAAAACAUGGGGUACUUUUUAAAUGUCUAAAUACAUGAUGUAGUCCGUCAAUGUUCUGUUAUGACAGGUGCUAUUGACUUAUUCUCAAGUUUUGAUUGUGUUACCAAUUCCUUUUGUUAUCUAUAUUUCUCAACAGUGUGGAGAAAUGAGAAGGGUAAUUGGCCCAAGCCCUAUGGAUUAUUUGAAAAUAAUGAAAAAAGCAUAUCACCAGGCUGCCAGUUUGUGGAUGUCGAAGUGUAACAAAAAGGAAUUUGAUUGGUUUGGUCUUUUUGAUACUCCAAACUUGGUGAGAUGUUGAUGGAGGUCAACUUACUGGGUUUUUUGCGGAUUCUAACAGUAGACUACUACUUCCAUAUUGUUCAGUAUAUUGUGGCAUUUGGAACUCUUUAUGUAUUGAGUUAAAAUGUAGAAGACCAUUAUAACAAACUCUUUAUGGUGCUGAAUGCCUGAAUUGUUAGAUAUUUUGUACUAAAAACAAUGAAUAUUAUAAUCUAUUAUAUAGCAUUAUUACCCGCCGCGGAGUGCGGGCCAUUUAUCAGUUGAUAUAUAAAAGCCUAACAUUUGGUAAUUGUUCAUUAGUGGCCCACAAACUCUCCUUUUGCGAGUGGCCAACUUCCAAGAGUUUGUCCUUCAUUGGCCAACAUGGCUAGCUUCUCCUCUCUCACAAUUUCUGUCACUUUCUUUUACCCCACUCGCCCUUAAGAAACUAGAGGAUCUUCUUUUUCUCUGACGAUCUCUCCACUCAGAACUCUGCAAUACUCUCUUAUUAUUCUGAUUUCUCUUAACCAUACGCAACCUUUUGUUCUCAGUAGACCAUACCUUUUCUCCUCUCCUUUCAAUCCCUCUUCUCCUUCUCUGUUUUUCAAACCCACACUCAACCAUCUCUUUUUCCAACUCUUUGCCUCUCAUCUUCCCCUUUCCAAUAUUUCACCUGGUAUCUCCUAUUUCUCAUUGUCCUCAAGUUUUGAAGAAACGUAUCUACCCUUUAUCCGUUCAAUUGCUACCUCCGAUCAGAAUAUCUGUCUGCUUAUGCUCACCACUCGCGGAAUCCCAACUUUCGGCAAACGGGAUCCCAACUCAUGCCUGCUGUUGCUUAACACUCUCCAUGCUUUGCCUACUCUUCCUCUCAAAACUAGAAACCACGAGUGAGAGACGGGGAAUCAAACCCGGGAACCCACACAGACUCACCCGUCCUCCACCUUCGCGGCCCUCACCCUGCCUUCCCAUCCAUCUCCACCGCCGCCUGCGGAAUCUGAACCCAAAAAACAACCAAACACCUAUCGAUCAGAUUUUCAACAUUCAUUUUGGCGGAAUCCCAGGUCUGAACUUUCCUUCUCUCCCGCUGCUAAAAAAAAUGAGGGGAAUUAUUGGAGAAGAGUAAGAAGAGGUCUCAGCAGGUCAUCCGAGGAGAGUGGAGAAGGGAAAAGAUACAUGAACGAGGCAAAGAGAGUAGUGAGAAAAAGUUGAAGACGAGUUUGAGAAUGAGUUUUUAGAUUUGAUAGUUUACCCGGGAUUCGCUCAACGGGCUUUGUGGAGUUGUCCACGACGGGCUCGUUGAGCAGUUACUAGGAAAAGGUUUCAGAAAUCUGAUUUUUUGAACCAAGGGUUCAGGUUGUGACGGUAAGAACAGCGGGCGGUGGGUUUCAGUCGUCGAGUUUUGUGGGGGUGGACACGGUCCAAGAUAGGGUGCAUAACCCAUGGUUAUACACACGUCAGUAACCCAACAGGAGGCGUCGAUCUGGAGCGGGGAGAUCCAAUGGCUGGGGUCGGAGCGGGGUGGGGCAGGUGUAUUUUUGUCCAUUAUUUGAAUUUAUUUCUUCCGUAUUUAUACCUUUUUGGUUAUUUUCGGCCGAGCUGGAAUUGGAUUUAUGAGAGAGAAUGAGAAGUAAACAGAGCAAACGAGAGUUUUUCUCCGAAGGAUUACUCGAUGGCGAGAAGGUCGGUGGAGGACGCGAUUCUUAGCUUAAUUGGUGGCGGACUUGCAAGUUAUUAGUAGUUAGGUUUUUUUCAUCUCUUUUCUUCUUUUUGCUCGAGGUUGUGGCGCGAUUUGCUUGUGUUGAAGUUUUUUGCUGGUUGUUGUUUGAUCUCCGUUGAGGUAAUUUAUAGUUAUAGUAGGAUUUUAUGUUUUCGCAUUGAUUCCAUUCUGUAAUUUAUUUUUGAUUUUGUGUAUAUAUGAUUUAUCUGCGUUUUCUCUUUAGUGCUCUUUGUUUUAUGUUCUUGGUGAUCUGUUUGUAUAAGUUUGAUAAUGUUUUUCUUUUUUUGUUCUGCGUUUUUUGUUCAGUUGAUUGAUCCGUAGUUAAAUUUAUGUUUUGUGUAGGAAUCUUUUGAAUCUUCUCUGUUGACUCAGCUUUUUUUAGUGCAAUGAGUGAUCUUAAUCAAGGCGCCAUUGUUUCUUUGAAUGGAUCUAAUACUGGAUCUAGUUCUUCUCAUAGCGUUGUUGAAUCGGGAGGUAAGAAUUUUAAAUGUGUUUGGUAAGUUGAAAUUUGUAUAUAUGUUAUACCAUACAAUACUAUAUUAUACCAUAAAAUACCAUACUGGUAUUUUAUGGUAUUUUUGCAUAUGAGUGUUGUGUUUUCUUUGUUAUAGAUUGUUAUUAUAAUUGUCGUGGUUUUAUGUUCCUGUAUAUAGUUCGUGAUAAAUUUUUCUUAUAAUACCAUGGUGGUUUUUGUAGUAUUAUUUUAUUUUGUUAUAGAGUUUUUGAAUGUAAUAAACUUUACCAUAUUAUACUAUGGUGGUAUUAUAUUUUUUACAGAAUUAAUGUUUAAUUCUUAUUAUGUUUUAGGUUUUGAUGGUAUAGAUCCUAAUGUUCGAAGCUUAAUAAUGGUUCAAAUGCAGUUUAUUAUAUUAAGUAUUGUUGCAAUAAGGAAGGCUGAAGGAUUGGUAGUGAGAAUAAUCCUGCUAAUCGUGGUUCUAUUGAUGUGAAGGCUCGUGCUCGUCGUGUUCCAGAAAUCAGGGGUGGAUCUGAUGGUGCCUAUAUUCGAAUUAGGUGGUUUAGGGAGUUUAAGUGUUAUAAGAUUUAUAAGUGGUAUGAUGUCCUUAAUCAUGACAUGAUUCCUGAGAGUAUGCGUCACUACAUGAGAUCGAAUAGACAAAUGGAUCCUGUCUAUAAAAUCUUGGCAGAUGUGAAUAAUGGUGCUGGUAUAGGUGUGACUGCUUCGUAUAAUGCAAUAAGUACAGCUGGUGGUGGUCGGAAGUGUAUUGGGUUCACAAGAAAUGAUUUGAAGAACCACCUGCGGACAAUGAGUACGUCAUCAAUGGAGCAUGGUGAUGCAACUGCAUUGCUAAAAUACUUUAGACGACAAGCUAAGCUAGAUCCUGGUUUUUUCAUGAGGUAGAGGUUGAUGUGGACAAGAAUAUUGCUAGUAUUUUUUGGGCACAUGGGAAAAUGCGGAUGGAUUAUCAAUUUUUUGGUGAUUCAGUUAGUUUUGAUACUACAUACAGAACGAAUAAAGACUAUCGACCACUAGGUAUGUGUUCUUAUAUUUGUGAUUAUUCUGUAUUAUAGUUAUUUUGAUUUGGUAUUAUGUUGUUAUCUGUUAAUACUAUGGUGGUAUUUUGUGGUUUUUUUAACACUGUGUACCACAUGGUAUGUGCAGCUAGGGUUGUCAGUCGGUCAAUUUCAGUUUAACCGAAUACCGAUUUCUCGAUUAUCGGUUAAACCGAGCCACCACUGCCUGCUACUGACCACCGACCGUGAAGGACACCACGGCUAGCCGACCACCGACCGGUCGAUUAUUGGUUUUGGUUCGGUUAGCCGCAUAAGCAAAAAAACACUCCCUUCUCUCUACAAAAUACAUUAAAAAUUAUUAUUAAAAAAAAUCUCCCCCCACUAAAUCCUUAUCUCCUUCUCUCUCCUUCCUUCCUCCCACCCAAAAACCCCACCAGACUCGUGGACCACUUCUUCUUUCUCUCUCCUUCUUUCCUCCCAAAAAAUCCCACCAUACCCCUUCUUCCUUUCUCCCAAAAAAACUCACCAGACUCCUUCUUCCUUCUCUCUCCUUCCUUCCUCCAUUUCAAACCCACCACAUCUGCACAAUGUCGGCCAUGCAGGAGCAGAGGCGGAUGUCAGGGUAGUGCUGGGAGGCGAGUAGAGGGAGCGACAACGUCCCCGGCGUAGGAGAGGCAAAAAUGGAGAGGCAGAUGGAUGGAUAGAUCUGCAAGGGGCAGGGGUCGCGGUGGCAUGGGUCGCCGUUUGACUAUCUCUACUCUGUAUGCGGCUCGACGGAGGAAGGCGAGGAAGGUGAUGGGAGAAGCGGGGAGGCCUGGGUUCGUCGGAGAAGAAGAAGAAGAAGAAGAAGAAGAAGAAGAAGAAGAAGAAAGAAUUAGGGAGAUGGCGAUGGAAAAAGAAGAAGAAAGAAAUCUGAGGGUAGGGUUUGGAUGGCUGGCUGGGCUGGGUUUUGAAGGAGGAGGAUGGUUGGGCUUUGGGCUGGACUUUGGGUGGAUGGCCGGUUAUUUUCGGUUAGUCGGGUAACCGUGGUUAAUUACCCUCGGUUACUCGGCUAGCCGAAAAUCACCUUUCUUCCACCGUGCACCGACCGAGGUAAAUAACCGUCGCUUUUCGGUUAGCUGGUAACCAGCGGUUAUCGGAUAAACUGUCCGGUUAGCUGCUAACCGGAAACCGAACUGCCCCCUUUGUGCAGCUUUGUUUGUUGGUUUCAACAACCAUCAUCAACUCACUGUGUUUGCAGCUGCCCUUCUAUAUGAUGAAACAACGAUAAUGUUUGAGUGGUUGUUUAAUCAGUUUUUGGAAUGCAUGGGAGGUAUGAGCCCGUCGUCUAUUUUAAGUGAUCAGUCUGCUGCAAUUGCUGCUGGUAUAAGGUCUAUUUUCCCAAGUUAUUUCCAUGGAUUGUGUUCAUGACAUGUCUCACAGAAUGUAGUUGUUAAUCUGAGAUCUUUGUGUGAUUCGGCUUUCCUUUGUGAGCUUAGCUAUUUUAUGUACAAUGUUGAUGAUGAGGAUGAUUUUGAGUAUAAUUGGAAAAGAAUGAUAGAUAAGUGUUUCCCUAGGAAAGGACAUCUUGGACACAAUUAGUUACAAGGUAUUUACAAGGUAAGGGAGAAGUGGUCAUCGGCUUGGGUGAAUUCUCAUUUUGGUGCUGGUAUGAAGAGCACCCAGUUAAGCGAGUGUUGCAACAGUAAUCUUCGUCAUUACAAAGAAUCUCUUUCAUACAAUGUUUUCCCUAAUACAUAGUUAGCUCAAGAAGGGAAUGUAAAGAUCUUUGAUGUCUUCACAUUAUUAGCAUACUUCUCAAGGUUUGAUAGUAGACUGCUGAUAGUUUAUUUUGAUAAUGGUGAAAUUAAGUGUACUUGUCGCAAGUGGGAGUCAAGUGGUUUGUUGUGUAAGCAUCAAUUGAGGGGAUACAAUUUGUUGUGUUCUACAACUUGCAAUGUGAAGUUCCAUCACAUUCCUUCUACUUUGAUUUUAAAGCGAUGGACAAGGAUAGCAAAAACUGGUGGAAAUUUUGGAUUUGCAGUUUCGUCUACUGAGACUCCGUCAAAGUAUCGGUCUCGUCUGUUCACUAUUUCAGUUGUUUCUGCAUCGCUUAUCAGUAGGGUUUGUUUGAAUGAUGAUUUGUAUAAAACAACCAUGGAUUUCAUGAGUGAUUUGAUCAAGAAGUGUGAAGCUUUACCAAUUGUCGAAACAGCUGGUACGGGUGGAUCGACCAACUGUGAGAGUAAGUUCCCUCGCCCCAUUUUGUUGUGUAUAUGAUUUUGUUAUUUUUUUGUCUGCCAAGUUUUUUUACCAUGUUGUACCAUGUGGUAUAGGGUGGUUUUCGGCUUGUUACUUCUAAUGUUUUGUAAUACUAUGUGGUAAUGUUUCAUUUGUGAUAAGUUGAUUGUUCCUUUCUUUCUUUUAUUGCAGCAUUUCUUUGCUGUGAUCGUGUAUAUAAUUUGUGAUGUUUUUUUGUUUGCGAAGUUGUUUUACCAUGUUGUACCAUGUAGUAUAGUGUAGUUUUCUUUAUUGUUUCUGGUAAUGUGUGGAAUACCGUAUGGUAUUGUGGUAUAUGUUUUCAACUGAUAAGUUGAAUAUUUUUUUAGUUGUUCUUAUAUAUUUGUUAUUUAUUGUAGUAUGUAUUUUUUAUUUGUAGGUGAUGUUCCAGUUCGAAAUGUGAAGGGGUUUAAGUCUAAGAAUGAUUCAUAUAAGCCUUCGAAACGACCAAUUACAGAAGCCUGAAAUUGGAAGGACGGCUAGUAGGAACAAGAAAAAGACCAGCAUAUUGGAGGAGGAGAAUUUGAAGGCUGUGGAAGAAAGUCUGAAGUUGAAGUUGUGAUAGUUGUUUGAAGGCUGUGGAGUUUUAUUAUCUGUUUUGAUGUUGUUGAAUUUUACGUGUUUCUUGGAUUUUGUUUUUUGCUUUUGUUUGAAGUAGUAUGGAUCUGCACAUGAGAAGGAUUUAAUGUUUCGUGGAUGAAUUUAACCUUUGAUAUAAUGUUUUACUAUGGUUUUGUCAUGGUGGUGUUUAUUUUUAUUUUUACUUUUACCAUAUUAGUGUAGUGUGGUGUGUUCAGUUAUCAUAAAAUACCAUGUGUUGUGGUGUGGUGUAUUUAAAAAUGUUUAUACCAUGUGGUAUGGUAUAACAUGGUAUAAACAUUUUGAUGAGUGUAAUCUUAGAUCUGUGACAUUAAUAAAGGGUAACAUAAAGUACUAGGCUGUUACAUAACCAUAAUAAGUAGUGUUUCAAAUGUAAGUUUUAACACACCCAUAAUAAAAAAUACUUAAUAUCUUGUUUGUUCUCAAAAGAACACACAUAAUAAAAAUAGUUAACAUAUUGUUUCUCUUCAAAAGCAUUGUUUUCAAAAGUAGAUGUCUAUAGUAGACAUUAGAUCCAUACUGAUGUUCUCUCCUUUCCUUACUUGCCUUGAUUCUUCAUAGCGCAGUACUUUGUGGCACCUUUCAUAAUCCUAUCACGCUCAAGGUUUUCUUUAUCAAGGAUGAUAUCCAGCAUGAGACACUCCCUUUCUUCAUUGAUCAGAUCCACUCUCUUCCAGUCUGUCUACAUAAAAGUCUUGUACUUUCCUUACUAAUGGCGCAUCCAUCUAAUUAUGUACAAUCCACAUGAGAGUUUAUCUGGCUGUGUAAUCUUCCCCAGAUUGAACCAGUCAAACUUCUCCCAGGGGAUUUGUCUAUUUCCACAGUAUACACUCAUGUAGUUGAUUGCAUGCUUGACAACUCUUUCUGCCAUUGGUCUGUAAGUCUUCUCAAAGUCUUUGUAGCGGAGACUGAUAUGAAUAAAUUGAGAAUGUUAAUGGAUAAUUAUAAAUAUGUUUUGAGGAAUAGUUUUUUGAUGUCAUACUAUAUGCUAUUAUAUGGUUUUAGUUGUGUUCUUACAAGGUCACAGUUCUUGAAGCUGAGGUCUUUUGCCCAUUCUUUGUCGGAAAUAUAUUCGCCAACUUUGUCGAACUAUUGGUCUGCACUUAAUUGGGGAUUGUUGUUGUCUAUGUCCAGCUUGCAGUCAGCCUUAAAAUAUGAAAUUAUGUUAAGGCAAUCAUAUAUUCUAGCAUGGUAAGUCAAAUAUAUUAGAAGAUGGAUAAACUUACUGCCAAAUGACUAGAGAAGAACCACUUGGAGAUUUGUCCUUUUUUUGCUUGAUCUCUGUUCAUCCGAUCUCCAUAACAGUCCACGACAUCAGUUGUUAUCUGUUGAUCUAUGUCAGCAGAUUGCAAUGAUGACCUUUUGAGUAAGCCUGUGCCAUCCUUUCUUCUGAACGUUACCUCGUCCCUGUUCAGAACAGUAUACCACAUUAUACCAUAUGGUAUUAUUCAACAUUAUACCAUGUGGUAUUAUUCAACAGCAUACCACAUUAUACCAUAUGGUAUUAUGUUCCAACAAAGAAGUCCAUAUGGCACUGCACUACCAUAGCAUUAUACCUCGUCCCAUCCUUUCUUCUGAACGUUACCUCGUCCCUGUUCAGAACAGUAUACCACAUUAUACCAUAUGGUAUUAUUCAACAUUAUACCACAUUAUACCAUGUGGUAUUAUUCAACAGCAUACCACAUUAUACCAUAUGGUAUUAUGUUCCAACAAAGAAGUCCAUAUGGCACUGCACUACCAUAGCAUACCAUAGAAUACCAUACUAUAGUAUAUGUCAUUAAGAAAUUAACUAGAUAAUUGGCCCGCACUUUGCGGCGGGUAUACAUGACUAUCAAUUAAAUUAUAUUAGAUAGAAUGAGACUACAUAUGACCAUUUGAUUAGAGUGGAUUAGACAUUUUUAUAAAUUGAGUUGGUUCCAAUUACUAAAUUGAGACUUUUUUUAAUUGUAUCAUGGAUUCUCUUAAAAGCAAAGAAAAUAAUUAAUCAUGUCAAACCGUAUGAUCAUAUCGUUACAAUUAUGUGUUUGGUUGAAAUAAGGAUAGUGAUUUUUUUUUUGAAGGAUUUAACUUCCAUGUGCUUCACUUGAUACUAACUCAAGAAAGUUGUAUAUAUGUUGUUACACAUAAAAGGAAAAUCAAUAGAAACCCUUAUCAUGAAACAAAACAGUGCCUUGUUGUAAAUUAUAAUAUAAUGUAAUUCUCAAGCUUUAAUCUACAAGUGUUGAUAACCAUUUAUAUACUAAUGACUUUUGCAUGCUGGUGCUAAUAUGCUAGUGCUAUAGAAUGAAUUCCUCUGCUAAAAAAGCAUUGUGAACUCUACUUUAUAUGACCAUCCCUCUUCUCAUGGGAUAAAUUUUUGCAAGCUCUCCAAGUCGUUGUUGAAACAUGAAACAAAGCUUGUUCAACAAUUUGUUAUAUGAAUUUAGAUUUAAUAACUUAUAACAAACCCAAAAGAAGGAAGUCAAGUUCAACAUAAAGCAGGGCAGCGAACAGAGUAUAAAAUGAAAACAACAUUAAGAAAUACCAAUUUCAAGUAGCAUCAUGGAGCAUCUAAGUAACGGAGAGGAAGCCUUGGAUAAUGGGGGGUGGGUAAUAAUGUCUUAGUUUCGUUCUAACUCUGUAAAUCAUGUUACCACCACCACCGUUAUGAGUCGCCAUUUGGUACCUUUUGGUUCUCAUUGUCAACAGGUGGCACUCAUGCAUGCAUAUAUAUUCUGUGGUAUAUAAAAGCAUUUGAAAGGGAAAAGAAGCAUAUGAAAGCCAGCAACACCUAUACUAUAUAUGUAGUUGGCUACUUAUCUAGAGUUCAUAAACGAAUUCAAUAAGAUAUGAAAUCAUAGAAGAGCCAAGUCCUCCACACUUGUCAACCGUUUACGCUUCUAUUCACCACCCACCACAUCUUUCUUUUAACCAUCCCUGUCUUUCAUAUGAUUCUUCUCUUCUAUGAAAAUGGUGCAGCACUGUAUAUACAUUGAGUGUGUGAGAGGUUACUUGAGGAGAAGUCCAAGAAGAUGUGGACAGUUCGAUUCAAUCGUCACUUGCCCGCAACCUGCUCCUUCGAUGUUAGAUCUUACCAGUAGGGAUAUAUAGCUUUAUAUUCAUAAUUGGGAACCUUGACUCUCGAAACCCAGAAAACCAAGCUUUGUUCGUAAUCAAGAUCAUCUCCAUCUUAGCUAGCUGCCAUUGACGGGAAAGAAGAGAGAAAGAAGGAAACUUGGCUAAUCGCCAGGAAGGGGAAGAGCGUCGGGAAAUUGGGAAGAGGUCGCAGUGAACAAAUGGUAGACCGAGUUCUUACCCAGCCCUCAAAUCUAUCUGUUACGUGGUCCAUCGAUUAGGGUUCCGGUUUCUGGAAGGGAAGUAGUGGGAAGGGUCUAUGCUUGCCCAAUCGCUAAAUGAAUAAUCGAUGGGAAUAACGGAGGGGCAAAAGGAAAAGGAAAAGCGAACCAAGAAAAACGAAACCGGACGGAAAAAGAUAUACGGUAGACCUGACCGUAUCCCACUGGACCCCUAAUGCAAAACAGACGCUAUUUAUAUAUUAAUUGCUAUUAAGAAAUUUACUUACUGGGAGGCAAUUAUGUUGUCUUUGCACCUUAUGUACUCAAGGAUGUCACUGAAAACUUCAUCAGGAGUUGUUUGUGGUGGUGUAACCAUCAUUGCAAUUGGGAUUGCAUCUAUGGCACCAUCUUUUACCUGAACUGGUGCAUUUGCUGCUGAUGAGCUCAUUCCUGUUAUUGGUUGUGAAACUAGAGUAUUCUGGUCAUCAAUGUAAGCAUCCAAGCAUGCAUUUAUCUCCAGUAGCCUCUCUUGGCUGUUCGAGUACAAGUUUGACCAAUCAAUGAAUGGUUUAUUCAGCAACGGUUGGCUUGUUGUUUCUUCUGGGGGAGGGGGGGUUGAUGUUUUUGCUUUCUUCUCUGGUCCAUGCACAUUCUUCACCACUAUCCUUCUUUUGCGCGAUUCUUCUGGUUGUUGUGAUGCUAUGGUGAUGUUGAUAUUUGCUGCUGGUGAUGGGUGAUUGAGUGGACUGAUAAUCGGCUUUAAUAUAUCUGAUUCUUGAGCUUUAUGUGACUAUCUCAUGGUAUGUUUAAGUCGAUUGGUGCUAUAUUAGGGCUCCCUAACCCGAGAAUGGUUGAAAAACCAUUACUGCUUAGUGCCAUGAGUUUGAUAUAUUACAGGUGGAGAAAGCACGAAAGAAGAGAGUGCACGACCAAUUGAUUUGGGCCAUGAGACUUGGACCAGGGGUGGACUAUUUUUGGACGGACAGAUACUUGGAGGAAAGGGAAUUCUUUUUGGGCGGAAGGCUUGGGAAGGAGGAAUUGAUUAGUGAGGGCAAUUAUCUGGGGCAGCACAAGCUUGGACACGAAAACCUAGGGAAGUCUCUUGGCAACUAUAUUUGGGGCCCAAAUUACUUUGUCUCGGGGAGGAGACGCCAUUGGGUCAGGAAGAGAAAUUAAGUGGACAUGGUCCAUUUAGUUGGACAGGCCAUCAUUACUUUGACAUAUUUGGUGGAAUUAAUUGGACACGUUUUUGGCUUGGGGGAUUUAUUUUGGACGGAAGAGGCAAUUUGGGACUUUGGUUUUGGAAUUAGUUGGACACGGGAAAGGAGAGGGGAAGGCAGCAGGCGCAGUAGCCGGACUGGGGAGGAAUUCUCUUGGCGGCGGAGAAUAGAAAAAGUAGGCGCAGCGGGGAGGCAAUUGGGGCGAGAACUCUUUGGAAGGGAAAAGCGGAGCAGCAGCAGCAGGAGCAGUGCGAUUGAGAUUGGCGAUCGAGCUGUUCAAGGCUUGAGCUGAGUUCAACGAGAGCGAUUAGUUGGUUGGAUUUUCUAAACCUAAUUAGUUGUUUCUUGUUGAUUUAGAACAUGAUGAACAAAAUCCUAUCGUUUUAUCUUAAUUUCGUCAUGAACUAAACCCCAAUUUCUGGGGGAAACACCAUAGGAUGUAGCUAUUUCUUGAUUUGAUGGAUUGAUUUAUGAUUCUUUUCUUCCAAUCUCUAUUGCAUGAAAUUUCUUAAUGCUUUGUGUUGACUGGCCACCAAUACAUUGAUUUGUUGUUAAUUAGGUUAUUAGCGACAGUGAAACCCUAAUGACUGAACCUAUUUCAUGUGACAUAGUAACUUAUCGAAGCGACAGUGGAUUAAAUAAGGUGCUAUGCGGUCUUAAAUAGGAUAUCGAUCUUCAGGCUAAAUAAUUAAGUCAUUGAGCUACGACAGUAGGAUUUGAAUUAAUUGUUUAGUACGUAGUAAUUCCCGACAGGGAUAGCUAGCACUUUCGUGAUAUCCUGGCUGUAGAGAUAUGGAUUAAACUAAUUGGAGUAUGUGAAUUAAUCUGGAUAGGAUAGGUAGCGAAUCCCGGUGUUUCUCCCAGAGCUUUCUCUCAUUGAAUUUCUCCCGACAGUUUUCAUUUAGUUAAUUUGUUUAUUUUAUUUUGCUUUUAGAUCAUAGUUUCAUCUCAUUAAAAAUUUUCACAUAUAGUUUGCUCAAUAAAAUUGAUAGAACUUAAGGUUGUACCAGUCCCUGAGAGACGAUACCCGGACUUUCCGGUUUACUACAAGAUAGGAAUUGAAGCUAUACGCUUUUGACGUAUCAAGUUUUUGGCGCCGUUGCCGGGGACUGCCAUACCUUAUUUUUUGUUGAUUUUUGUGAGUGAACUAUUUUGAUCUGUGUGCUAGUGUGCAGGUGAAUUUCAGGUUAAUCCUUUUUGUGCAUGCCUAGGAGGACAACCAGGGAUUUAUUGCCACUAGACCCGGAGAUCGAGAAGACCUGUCGACUGAAUAGGAAGCAGGUCAAGUUAGGGAAGCAGCCAACCACAACUGCUAGGCCUUCCAUAACCCAGAGAGGGCAGGCUUCAUCACCAGUCGUCCCUACACCACCACCACCACCUCGUGACAUUGAGCCAGUCAUCAUGGCAGACGAGGAUCGUUCGAUCAGGGCUCGUUUAAAUCGACGGACUGUAGCCCGGGCUUCAUGUGUUUUCAUUCCGGCUGGGGAUGCAACCAUGGAGAUUACCCCAGCAUUUAUCAACAUGAUCACCAAUGGGUAUACUUUCUCUGGGGCUAGCAAUGAGGAUCCUCACGAGCAUCUCCGCCGGUUCGCGAGUAUAUGUGAUACAAUGAAGAGCCCCACAGUAUCUGAUGAUGCAAUCCGUCUUCGGAUGUUUUCAUUUUCUCUGCUAGGGAAUGCAUCACACUGGUUCCAAAACUUAACACCCCGUUCCAUCACGACAUGGGGUCAGCUUGAGAAGGUAUUUCUGGAUAAAUACUUCCCACCUGCCUUGGCAAUGAAGAGGCAAGAAGAGAUUGUUACUUUUAAGCAGGCUGAUGAUGAGAGUCUGAGUGAGGCAUGGGAGCGCUAUAAGGAGCUUCUAAUGAGAUGCCCGAGCCACGGUCUUGAAGAUUGGAAUGUGAUCUCCAUUUUCUUCAACGGAAUCAGAAGACAAUUUCGAGAUGCUCUGAAUAAUGCUUCCCGAAAUGGUUUCACAAGAAUGGAAGCACCAGAAGCAUAUGAACUGGUGGAGAAGAUAUGCUCUGAAGAUACUGAAUGGGGUAGUGAGACCUGCAUUCGAAGGAGAGGAGGCUUGCAUGAGAUAGACAGAGUUGCAAGCUUAGAAGCAAAGAUUGAUGCUAAGCUGGAUUCCAAGUUCGAUGCACUCGAACGAAGGCUGGCUAAGAUGGCUCUUGGUAGACAGGAGGAGGUUGCAUAUUGCGAAUUAUGUGAAGGUGCUCAUCAUAGGGAUUUAUGUCCACUGGUAGCUGAUCAGUUGGAAGAUGUGCACUAUAUCAACAAUCAGCAAAAUCAAGGCCAGGGUGGUAUGUAUUCAAAUACCUACAACCCGCAAUGGAGGAAGCAUCCUAACUUUUCCUGGGCAAACAACAACCCAGCUGGUGCUCGCAACAUUUCUCCUCCAGGCCUGCAGAAACAACAACCUCAACCAGAGAAGAAACCACAACUUGAAGAAUUGCUUCUGGCUCACAUGCAGAAAACCGACAAUAAUAUGAAGGGUCUUGAUCAAUUUGUCACUCAACAGCUAGCCAUCAACAAUAAUAUGCAAUCAUCUAUGCUAGCUAUGGAGAGGCAAAUAGGCCAGAUGGCUCAAACUUUGGCAGAUAUGCAAGGCAGGAUUCCUGGGACAUUACCAGCAAAUACUGAGAGGAAUCCGAAGGAUGCCAUGGUUGUAGCAGUGACAUUGAGGAGUGGAAAGGCCUUGGAAGACCCUAGCAGCUUGAAAAAGGCACCAGAGGCGGAAGAGGAAGCACCGGGAGAAAGAUCUUGUGCAGAAAAUGAAGAAUCAGCCUUGCACAGGCAAAAUGAAAGCGGUUUGCCUGUGCAAAAGCAUGCUGCCCGUGUACCUCAAAAAGUGGAAAAAUUGAAGAAUGAAGAGGUAAAGCCUUAUGAACCUCCCGCACCAUUCCCUCAAAGGUUAAUGAAGCCCAUGGAAGACCCAAACUUCAAGAAAUUUGUGAAUAUCUUCAAGCAACUUCAGAUUAACAUACCCUUGGCGGAGGCACUUGAACAGAUGCCUACAUAUGCUAAAUUUUUAAAGGAGUUGCUGACUAAGAAGCGCAAAUGGGCUGAUCUGGAGAAGGUAACCCUUACUUCUGAAUGUAGUGCUGUGAUUCAGAAUAAAUUACCAAAGAAGAGGGAUGAUCCGGGCAGUUUCACCAUUCCAUGUGUUAUUGGAGGUAGAGAGUUCGAUAAAUCAAUUUGUGAUCUUGGAGCAGGAAUUAAUUUGAUGCCAUACUCAGUCUACAAGAAAUUGGGAUUGGGAGAUGUUCUUAAACCUACUCGGAUCACACUCCAAUUGGCUGAUCGAUCAGUAAAAAUCCCAAAGGGAGUGGUGGAGAAUGUAUUGGUGAAGGUGGGGAAGUUUAUUCUCCCUACAGAUUUUGUGAUUCUGGAGAUGGAAGAAGAUCAGGGAGUGCCUCUAAUUCUCGGCAGACCUUUUCUAGCAACUGGUGAUGCACUCAUCGAUGUUGGGAGAGGCAAGUUGACAUUCCGAGUAGGUAAGGAGGAGGAAAUUUUUAAUGUCUUCCAAGUUGAUCAUAAUCACGAUGCAAUUGAUGACCUUGAAAGUGGAGCUCGAGAAAGGAAAAAUUCCUCUUCCUGUGAUAGUGGAUCAGUUGAAGAAUCACUUGUCCUAUCAGCUCAGAUUCUGAAAUCAAAGCAAGGACAGAAAUCCUUACCAGGUCACCUCAAGUAUAGAUAUUUGGGUAAGGAUUUCAAUCUUCCUGUUAUUAUUCCUUCUUCACUGACAUUGAAACAGGAAGAGUACCUGCUUGAGGCGCUGCAGUACCACCUACGCCUCACUAAAUGGUCUAACAUGCCAGCUAAGAAGGUCAUACCCAAUUUUCGCACACCUGGCCCUGCAGAGGUGACUCAUAUGCUGGAUGGAGGUUAUGCAUUCUAUCAUUGCUCGGGAGGGUAUGCUGGAUACCUUUCCAUACCCAUUGGUUGAAAGCUCCAUGAACGUCAGGCUGAGGACGUUAAACAAGCGCUUCUUGGGAGGCAACCCAAGGUAAGUUUUCUUUUCUUUUGUUUAAUUUUCUUUUUAGUUGUGUCAAACCCGUGCAUGUUUAGAUUAGGAGUUGAACAUUAGAGACAAUGUUCCAUCCUGAGUGUGGGGUGGUGAGUCUUAGUGUUGUUUGUCCAUGUUGCAUGUGGUAAAAAAAAAAUCCAAAAAAAAAAAAAAUUUGUUUGUUCCUUUUGUCAUGUGGUCGGUAAAAAAAACAAAAAAUUCAA